AUGGCGGGCGCGCCCUCCGCGGCCGCGGUGGCCUGCGAGUGCGCCUACUGGGGCGGCUGGGACCUGUUCGCCCAGGACACGAGGGCCCCGCUUGCCGACACCCUGGACGUGCUCGUGGGGGACGGCGGCAUCGGCAUCCUCGUCUUCGAGGUGCGCGACUGGUCCCGGGAAGCGUCGCUGCUCGGCAUGAUCCUGGAGCGGGGGCUGGAGGUCCACCGCGAGGAGCCGCGCGACCGCGACCCGGCGGAGGGCGAGGUCGGCGUCUGGAGCCUGAGGCGGCUGCGCGGGGCGCUGGGCCGCGGCCGCGGGCCGCGCGCCCGCGCGACAGACUCCUGCCCGCCGGACGCGGCGGGCCCUGGCGAGGCGCCA